AUGGCCAGCACAUCUCCGGUUAUUCUCAUUCUCGGAUCGGGCCCCAAUAUAGGGCAUCAUGUAGCUCGGGCCUUUGUCGCAAAGGGUUACAAAGUUGCCUUGGCAUCUAGGAGUGUCAAGAAAGAAGACAAAAAUACGGACUUAGUUCGCAUUUCUGCUGACUUAUCGGAUCCUCAUUGCGUGAAUGGCAUCUUUUUGAAAGUCGAGGCAUCGCUCGGUCUGCCAAGUGUUGUUGUCUACAAUGCAUCUGCCGGGGCUCCGAAUAAUCCAGAGAAACCCCUUUCUAUUCCCCUGGCUGACUUUAGUCGAGACUUGCACGUCAAUACGACCAGUGCGUUUGUCGCUGCGCAACAGGCGGCUUUAAGUUUCGAGAAACUGCCUGAUCAUAGAUCCAAGACAUUCAUCUAUACUGGUAAUAUACUCAAUGAAAUCACUAUUGCAAGUCUUCUUAAUGGUGGUGUGGGUAAAUCUGCAACAGCCCACAUCAUCCGCACUGCUGCUGCCGCAUACUCUAAUAAAGGCUUCAAAUUCUACUAUGCCGAUGAGCGGAAGGCUGAUGGGACUCCUGCAUACUCUAAGAUCAGCGGCGAGGCACAUGGAAAAUUCUAUGUCGAGCUCGCGGAGCACAAGUCUCAGGGUCCUUGGCAGCAGACUUUUGUCAAGGACGUAGGAUACAAGCACUUCCCAACUGCUUGA